GACUAUACAUAUUUUUAUUUAAAAAAGGAUAUCGAAGAUUAGGUGCAGAAAUAAUAUUUGUGGAAAUGGGUACUGAAACUUAAUUGCUCGAUUCAUUCAAUUUAUGUUGCAAAGUAUAAAAGCCUUUCUUUAUUGACACAAUUGUAAUUUUCCUUUGUCUUAAACUAAUUUCACAUGUCCUGUACUAACAGGAGUGUAUUACUCAGAAGAUGUCAGCAAGUACAUUUUUACCAUGCAGCUAAAGAAGGUAGCUUGAGUAAAAGGCCACAUAAAGCCAAAAAAGAAACUAAAUAGUUGUGUUUUCUCAGUUCUUUAACGCAGUGUCCAUUUUUAGCAACAAAACUUAUUCCACUCUUAAGUGGAAGAUUUCAAAAUAACCAAUAAAUCCUAUUUGUACAUAUGCCAUGUACAUUACUUUUUAAAACCUGUAGAAUAUAAGUGCAGAUCUUUAUUAAGAAAAUAUUGGUAUAUACCACUUUUCAGGCACACAUGAGCAGACCAAUAAACGUAGCACACUAGGAAAUUCAGAGGGCAUGGAUCUUCCCUUUGGGUGCAACUAUUCAGUGGUUGCCUGGUUAUUGAAAAUGUAAUUUCCUGUUGACUUCCUCCAUCAUAACCUCCUCAUAUAUAAUUCAAGAGUACUCACUCAGUAAUAGGUGUAUGGUCACUUCAGAGGAAGUGCUUUUUAUUAUGAAAUAGCUUAUAGCUGCACUGCAGUAUAAUUUCUGCUAACACCAGAUGCACUUGAAUGAAUUACACCCAUGAGAGAAGAUAGUCAAGUUUACUGUAUCUAUCUCUCAGUGUAUAUGUCUAUGUGUAUCUGAAGCGAUGAAUAAAAAGAACUUAAAAAAAACAGUACAAAACAUUUCUGUUUCUUAUCUGCUUCCACCAAAAUAUUUUACUCAUGUUAUAUUUUUAGUUCUGCUUGUAAAUUGCUUCAAUGAAUAUCCUGUAUAUAUUUUCAGUAAUUAGCCGCAUUAGUGCUCUCAGUUUGUAUGAUUUAUUUUUAACUUUUAUGGCUGUAAUCUUUUCAUUUUGCUCUAUUCAGAAUCUCCAAAACUAAAAUAGGAAUGAUGACAACAUACAUCCUUGUUCGAGCUCCUUUUUGUACCUCACAUGGGUUAGGCAACUCUCAAUUAACCAUUAUCCUUACAGUUGGGGUAGAAUAAAUCUAUCUAACCAUAUCAUGAAAUUGUCUCUCAAUGUCAUCUCUUCUAACAGUCUAAAAAGAAAACCCCAGUUUAAAUUGUUAAAAGCUUUUACUGUAUCCAAAAAUAUCAAUGUAGCCUGCUUCUUGUAUAUUUUCUUCCAAGUAUUCCUAUAUAUUUUAUUGUUUUGUUGUUUUGUUGUGUUUAUUGGCAUUGACUCUGGCUUUUUGUCUUCCUGACCAUCUCCCCAAAUGUUUUCUAUGUUUUCGUACAAAAUCGCUUUCUUUUGCAAGAAAUCAACUCUAAAUCUUUGACCCUUAAAAGUACAUUUCAGUCUUUCCAAAUUUUCCCAUUUAAAUGAAAUUUUCUUCUUUGUUUUAAUUACUUGCACACACAAACAUGCACACAUACACACUUGUUUUAGAAGUUGUAAAAGUUUUUUUUCCACUAAAAACAUCUAGAUCCUCCCAACCAGCACACUUGGAGUUCUAGUCCAAGGAAAAUCCCUUUUCAGGUCUAGGAUUUUCUUUAUUAAUUCCACAUUAAAAUAUUAAUAUCUUCCUAUGACCUUUAGAUACCCCCUUCAAAAUUCCAAAGAGACAUGGCUUCAGUUUCUGGGAAUCCCAACUCCCUGUGGAUAUAUUCAAAAUCUCAAAUAAAUUUGCAUUUGUGCAUGUGCGUGCUUGUGAAGCUUUCAAAUGGGACCAACUUUUUAAAGCUUAGUAAACUCCUCAAGCAGAGUCUAGAGAGGCAAGAGAAUAGCACAGUGCCAGCUGCAAUAUAAAUUACUGAUUAGAAGAGCUGCCAGAGCCUCUAUUGUGAGAGCACAGUAUGAGCCAGUGAUCCUGAAAAGGUUAGCUUAACGGUGGAGGCGCCUGCGGCUGUCAUAAAUGACACUUUACCUUCCAAUUUUGAAGGGGAGAAUAACUAUGAACUUUUCUCUGAAAGGUUAACUUCGUGAAAAUGAGAAUUAUAUUGUUUCAUGAUAUCAGAAGACACAGAAAGGCAUAACCUAUGCUUAACAUUUAGUGAUAUUACCGCUGCAGUUUUACUAAAUAUUACAACAAGUUCUUUUUUAAAACCUCCUGUCAAGUGUCGUAAAAUAGCAUUGCUCAAAGGCACUCCUGCAAAAAGAAUAUAAUUUCUAAAAUAUAUUGCUGAGAGAGAAUUGAGCCUAAGAAUGUGAACUCAGUAGAAAUAAGGCAGCUCUUUUCUAGACUCCUUCCUUAAGAAAAAUAGAUGGUUUAUUCUGAACAAAAAGUCCUUUGGACUUGGGAAUAUUUUAAUCUUCAAGAAAAAUGUGACAAGAAAUAUAUGCAGCAUGUUAUGUUGAAUGAUUAGUACUGUAGCAACGGGGGCAAAAUGAGGGCAGUGGCUCAACAAUGAGAAUUCCUUUGACCAAAUGAAAGUUUCCUUCUCACCCCAAAUUUAUGGUAUGGUAGUUUUCAGGGAUCCUAAGAUUGCAGCUCGCUGUGAAGUAUUUGCUCUGUGGACAAAGUUGCUCUGAUCCGCUCCAGCUUGGACACCAUGUUAACGCCAGUCUCUGAGGAUGUAACACGAGCACCUGUUUGUCCAGUUCUGAUGAAUACAUUUCAAUUGGUGCAGCUUGAGGGUGUGGACAAGAUUCUUAGAGAGGCGAGAACAACCACAUUCAUCCUAGACCCCAGCCCAUCCUUGCUGGUAAAGCAGGCCAGAGGGGGUUUGGCAGAAUGGGUGAAGGUAGUGGUUAAUGCCUCCUUACAGGAAGGCAAGAUUCCAGCCAGCUUUAAAAAGCUAUAAUAAAACCAUUGUUGAAAAAAACCAUCACUGGACCCCACUCAAUUCGUCAACUUUUGGCCAAUUUCUAAUCUUCCUUUUUUGGGCAAAGUCCUGGAAUGUGUGGUGGCCUUGCAACUCCAGGUGUUCUUGGAAGACAUGGAUUAUCUAGACCCAGUGCAAUCUGGCUUUAGGCUGGGACAUGAAACUGAAACAGCCAUGGUCACCUUAGUGGAUGAUUUAUGCCAGGAACUGGAUGGGGGAGUGUGUCUCUGUUGGUUCUGCUGGACCUCUCAACGGCCUUCAAUAUGGUAGACCACGGUAUCCUUCUGGGAUGCCUGGUGGGAAUGAGUCUUGGAGGUACUGUUCUGCAGUGGCUCCAGUCCUUCCUGGAGGGCUGUUCCCAGAAGAUGUUGUUGGGUCCCGCAGUGUUCAAUACUGUCUCCCAUGUUGUUUAACUUCUACAUGAAGCCAUUGGGAGAGAUCAUCUGGAGUUUUGGAGUUUGAUGUCAUCUGUACACAGAUGAUGUUUAACUCUAUCACUCCUUUUCAGCAGCUACUAAGAAGGCAGUUUAUUUAUUUUUAUUUAUUUUUAUUUACAGCAUUUAUAUUCCACCCUUCUCACCCCGAAGGGGACUCAGGGCGGAUCACAUUGCACACAUAAAGGCAAACAUUCAAUGCCUUGACAUAGAACAGAGACAGAGACAAGACGCGGGCACCAGGCUGGCCUCGAACUCAUGACCUCUUGGUCAGAGUGAUUUGUUGAUUUGUUGCAGCUGGCUUGCUUUCCAGCCUGCGCCACAGCCCGGGCCCGUUCAGGUCCUGAACUGGUGCUUGGCCACUGUGACGGUCUGGAUGAGAGCAAAGAAAUUGAAAUUGAAUCCAAACAAGACAGAGAUACUCCUGGUCAGUCGCAAGGCUGAACAGAGUAUAGGGUUACAGCCUGUGUUGGACGGGGUUACAUUCCUGCUGAACAUGCAGGUUCACAGCUUGGGAGUUCUUCUGGACUCAUCACUGAGCCUGGAACCCCAGGUUUUGGCGAUGGCCAGGGGAGCAUUUGCACAAUUAAAACUUGUGCACCAGUUGCGUCCAUACCUUGGGAAGUCAGACUGGCCACGAUAGUCCACGUUCUGGUUACAUCUAAAAUAGAUUGCCUUUGUGGGGUUGCCUUUGAAGAUUGUUCAGAAGCUUCAAAUGGUCCAAAGGGCAGCAUCCAGCUUGCUCACCAGAGCGGCAUGCAGGGAGCAUACAACCCCUCUAUUAUUAACUGGCUGCCAGUCUGCUACCGAGCACAUUUCAAAGUGCUGGCUUUAGGCUAUAAAGCCCUAAAUGGUUCUGGCCCAGCUUACCUGUUCGAUCAGAUCUCCCUCUGUGAACCAUCUCAGAGUUUAAGAUCUUCUGGGGAGGCCCUGCUCUCGGUCCCACCUCCUUUGCAGACACAAUUGGCGGGGAAGAGAGAGAGGUCCUUCUCAGUGGUGGCCCCCGGCUGUGGAACUCCCUCCCCAGGGAUAUUAGUUCAGCCCCCUCCCUCCUGACCUUCUGUAAGAGAAAACGUGGCUUUGUGACCAAGCCUUUGGAGAACUUGUGCAAUAGAUACAGUAGAUAUGGAAUUGCGUGCAAUGGCUGUUGGAACGGCCCAGAUUACAAUUGUGGAUAGUGUGCUUAAUAGUGAAGUACUGUUUUAAAUGUUUUUAAAUGUUUUAAUGUAUUUUGUAGUUCUAUUUUAAAAUGUUUACCAUAAUUGUAUAUUGUUUUAAGGCAUCACAUAGUUGCCUAUGGGUAAAGCCUCCUUGAGUCUCCUCCAGGGUUGAGAAAGACAGGGUAGAAAUGUCAUAAAUAAAUAAAUAAAUAAAUAAGACAUUGAAAAUGGUUCACACCUAGAACUUUUUUAUCUGUUAUGUUCACAUUCCCUUUGACACUUGCCUGCAUCUUUUCUUUGGAGGCCUAAACUGUAUUUGCAAAUGCUGCAUUGGUAUUUUAAGAGACUGCAAUGGUAGAAUUUGAGGACUGAGGGAGAAUUUCAUUGGAGACCAGAGCUCAUAUUUAGGGGGGUUUGAAUACCUCAUUUCGCCCCCUCUAGCAAUAUCCCUGAAUGAAACUACAUGAUCUGAAGUUCAGGGCAACCUUGUCCAACAUGGUACCCUUCAGAGGUAUCAUUCUACAACUCCAGUUGUCUUCACAGGUAACACCCAAGCCUGGAUACCAGUAUCCUUUCCAUGGGGUUGAAUCCAUGAAAAACUUUGCACUUUAAUCAUUUGGUUAUUGGCCUUCCUACUUUACAACACCUCUUUAAAUACACUUUACCCUAUUCUUGCAAAAUCUUCACACUGAGAACAAAAAGCAAAAAUGUUAAUGCCUGCCUAUGCCGUGCACAUUUUGUGCCAUGGCACAGAGAGUGCAAGAGGAAAAUCAAUAUAAAGCAUGGGUUAUUGUUGGAAAAACCCAUGUGAUAACUAUUCAGCAGAAUAGGCAAUCUGCCUUCUUUGUUCACACAUGGGAAAAUUGGAGGUUUCAGUGAGAUACGGUAUUAGCAUACUCCCACACAGGAAGAUUGUGCAGGAAAACGGAAAGCAGGUGGCAGUUACAGAUCAUAGGAGAUAAUGCUGUAUUAUGUUAUUUCUGCUGCACCACAGCCUUCCCCAACAUUUACACCCAUCUUGCUUUAAGCUUUCCCUAGAGAAGUUGGUGUUCAACACAUGGUGUCCCAAUUGAAUUGCAAUCUUUUGUUUGCCUCUUUUUCCCAGUGACUUUGCUGGAAUACUGCAUCUUGGAAACAGCAGCACUUCCAGGCUGAGUUUGAUAUUACAUUUUUUGGAGUUUGGGUCCUCUCUGUCUGUUUUAAUUGUAAUUGUGGAGCCCCCGGUGGCACAAUGGGUUAAAAUAUUGUGCCAGCCAUACUGCUGACCUGAAGGUUGGGUUGCUGACCUGAAGGUUGCCGUUGCCAGUUCGAAUCCGGGGAGAGCGGAUGAGCUCCCUCUGUCAGCCCCAGCUCCCCAUGCAGGGACAUGAGAGAAGCCUUCCACAAGGAUGGUAAAAACAUCAAAACAUCCAGGUGUCCUUUGGCAACGUCCUUGCAAAUGGCCAAAUCUAUCACACCAGAAGCGACUUGCAGUUUCUCAAGUCGCUCCUGACACAAAAACAAUUGUUCAUUUUUAAAUUAUUUUCAAUUACUGGUUUUAAUUUGUUCUGAGAGUAUUUCAACUUGUUUUUAAGUCUCUAUCUCGUUUUUCUUUUAAAUGUUUUUAUGUGUGGUCUAUCACCUUGGGAGGCUUGAUAGGCCGGGAGAUAAUAUACAAUUAUAACAAAUAGAUAUUAUUUUUAUUAAAGUAUCCCUUUACAAUUUCUCUCUUCUGUUUAGACAGAAGCCUGGCCAUAACCCCUAAAGAUGUGCCCAUUGACCCAGGAUGCAUUUACAUUGUCGAAUCUUCAGUUUGAUACCACUUUUAACUGCCAUGGCUCAAUGCUGUGGAAUUAUGGAGCUGUAGUUUGGUGAGGCAUUAGCACUUUUGCAAAGAAGGCUAAAGACCUUGAAAAACUGCUGCUCUUGUGAUUCUAUAGCAGUUAUUCUCAACCUGUGGGUCCCCAGGUAUUUUGUCCUACAACUCCCAGAAAUCCCAGCCAGUUUACCAGCUGUUAGGAUUUCUGUGAGUUGAAGACCAAAACAUUUGGGGACCCACACGUUGAUAAUCACUAUUCUAUAGCAUUGAGCCCUGGCAGGUAAACUGGUGUCAAACUGCAUUGAUUCUACAGUGCAGAUGUACCCUCAGUCAGUUUUGUGUUCCAAGUGGCAAUGCUGAUCUUCUUGUCUUCCCUCCAUUGGGUUUUCCUUUUUCCUUAUUUCAGGGCAUUGUUGUGAGGAUAAAACAUGUGGGAAUGGGACAUGUAUGUUGGCUUUCCAUACCAUGGCCUGUAUAUCCAAAUAAAAACAGUGAUAUUUGCUUCACACUUCUGGUAUCUCAAAUUAUAAAAUGAGCAACAAAUAUAUUUGGCAACAAAUACACAUUCCUCUGACAUACACGCAAACCACCCUUGCUUUGACAUUUCUGAGAAGAAACAAGGAUACUGGAGUAACUGGAGCCAAGCCAGAAGGCACUGGGUGGAAGCACACUGCGUAGAACUGGCAUUAGGAAGCUGUUUCCCUGAAGCCUUUUCUUUCCUGAAGUUGCUUCUUGGAGAUAGACAUCUGUUUUCUGGCGUGUUCACAUUGUCUUUGCUUGCAUUGUCAUUGUUCCUUUCUGCCUUUUACAGAAAGGGUUAUCUGUAGACUCCAGAUGGGUGUUGUCUCCGGAAGACUGUGAGCUUUGUAAAACAGACGCAGGGGAGAAGUCCCGCUUGGCAGAAAGACUCAUACAGGAAUUGAAACACCCAAAUACAAAUGCUGAUCCUUGAAAAUUAAUAUUCUGUUCUGAAACUAAAAUGGCACUGUCAGGUUGGAAACCUAAGGAGUAACCAAAGCUCCUGUUGGAAGUGAAGAGAUGGGAGAUUUCCCCAACACUGAUAGUGCAACCUUUAAUUGGAAUGUGGAGGUGACGGUGCAAUGGAUGAGAAGGCAGAUUCCUUGGUAAUGACCAUGCAUUUGCUUGCCAAACCAGGACACGCUCUCCCUUUGCAGCAAGCCCUCGACAAGCUUCAAGAAUGGAUCUGUCUGGAUGUGCGUCUCUUCCUUGUUUCAGAGCGUGCAUCUCCUGUUAAGUAUUAUGAGACUUACCACCAAAAAAGCACCCGGUUUCCUGGAACAUCUGUUCUGCUCUUUCUGCAUGAGGACCUAGGGGAAGAACGGAUCUUCCAAGUCCACGACUUCUUCCAGUAUCCACCGUGGCAACGCAUCCACAUCGAGAGUGCUGGCGGGAAGCGGACUUCCGAUGCUCUGGCUCACCAGGGCUUCUAUGGGCUGGAUGAGCACAUGCCCGUUUGGGGACUCAGGCAGGUGCACUAUGGUAAGGAAAUUGUGCGUGUCACCCUCUACUGUAGCUUUGACAACUAUGAUGAUGCGGUGAGGCUCUAUGAGAUGAUUCUGCAGCAAGAAGCGACGGUGCAGAAAAGCACCUUCUGUGCCUUCGUGCUUUAUGCAACCCAAAGCAUUAUGGUUCAGCUCUGCUUGAAGCAGCUGCCUGUGGGGAUGUGCAUUGACUCUAAGGAGUCUUCGGUGUUGCAGUUCCAGGUGCAUAAAAUUGGACAGCUGGUUCCUCUUCUCCCAAAUCCCUGCGUUCCAAUAAGCAGCACACGGUGGCAAACAGAAGACUAUGAAGGAAACAGGAUCCUGCUGCAGGUUCAGGGCAUCUCGAAUCACAGUGGACACCAAUGUUCACCAUCCAGUUCGCUGAAGACUUUGGAUAAGGAAGAGCCCCUUUGCUAUCAUGCCAGUUCAUCCUUGGUGACUGCCAAAAGAACUGCUGUAACACAGAAAAACCGAACUCUCCGAGCCAUGAAGAAUAAAAAUAAAUCUGCACAGAGUCGAGCACAUCCUCCAGGAAGUCAUUGUGACCAGUCACAAAAUACUAUUUGUUCAUCAACCCGCUCAUACAGCCCAACAGAGUCUUCUCAGCAGGACCAAGGUACUUUCCAAUCAAGGUUGGCUACUAAGUGGAGACACUCCAGCCACGAACUCUGGUUGCAUCAAAAGGACGAAGAGAUGAAUGUUGAUACAGGCAACAGAGUAGUAUCCCCUGAGUGCAGUGACUCCCCACUAAAUAGGUUUUCAAAGGACCUGGAAGAUAUCCUCCUUCAGUCCUGUGCACCAUCCACUUCAGCCCCAGGCGCUGACUCCAGAAUCGGCUUACAUUCUGAAGGGAGAAACUCUGCAUUGUCACAUUUUGCCAAAAGGACUAAAGACUCAGGACACAGAGCAUCAGGUUUUGACUUGGGAACAUCAGGAGCAAAGUAUAGAAAUAGAGAGGAGGAGGAGGAAGAAGAAUUCUUUAUAUGAGUUUCUAGCUUCAUUUCUAAGUGCCUUAUUUCUGAAAUCACAGAAUGAACUAUCUGUAUUAUGCACAAAGACCCUGUCCUUGUGUAGAUACCCCAGCUACCUAUACUACCUUUUUAUAUUAGUGUUUUUUUUAAAAAGAAAGCUUAAAAGUAGUUUUGCAGGAAAUCCAAAAUGUUUAUGGGCUAGUGACUAAUUCUAGGGCCCAGAAAAAAAGAGGAGCAUGAAAUAUUUGAUCUGAGUAUGAUGUUCUAGAGCAGUGGUUCUCAGCCUGAGAUCUCCAGAUAUUUUUGGCCUACAACUUCCAGAAAUCCCAGCCAAUUUACCAGUAGUUAGAAUUUCUGGGAGUAGACGGCCAAAAACAUCUGGGGACCCAGGUUGAGAACCACUGUUCUAGAGGACUAUUGUGCAAUAGAUUAUUUUGAUUUUUUUGAGCUUAUUGUUGUUUUUUGAGCUUAUUGUUGACUUAGUUUAGGGUUGACAUAAUUCAGUAAUUUCUGACUUAUGGCAACCCUAAACUAAUCCUAUCACUGAGUUUUCUUGGCAAGAUAAUUGGUCAUUGCCUUCCUCUGAGGCUGAAACAGUAUGACUCUCCAAGGUCACCCAGUAGGUUACCCUGACUGAAGGGGGAUUUGAACCCAAGAAUCAUAGUCCAGCACCCAAACCACUAUAUACACAGGCUUUCACAAUUACUAAGUGUCAUUACAAACUGGGUAGAGGAAUUUUUCCUCUUAUAAAAGCUUUUAACAUCUGUCUGCUGCCCCCAUUUGGUAACACAGCAAUUUCACAGUCUGUCCUUUUGUCUGUGCAGCAGAAUUACAUUAGCAGUUUGCCCGGAGCCUUUUCUAAUUUUUGCAGAUGCAUCCCAUUUAAGGGACUUUUGGGGCCAUAGAGUUUGCCGCAUUCCAGUAGCUUGCAGAUGACUUCUCUGCAUGAGAGAACAACAUACUUUGCAGUCUCUAAUGCCAUACUGAGUUAGAAUCCUUGGAGUAAUAAGGAUGCUGGAAUUCUCUACAAUGAGCGGUUUUCAUAUUUAGUAGAUUGCUAAGUAAGCAAAUAUUCUAUGACAUGGCAAGAAAUAAUAUGUGUUAGAAGCUAGGAUUAUUGAGCUGUCAAUUAAAUGACAACUUGCAAAUAUUUCCAGGCUAUUGUUAUUUUAAAAUUGCAGUCUCAAUAUCUUAUAUUGGGAGUUCCCUUUGUUUUUCUUUCAUCGUAAGUGUCUGUUGCUGUUGGUGUUGUGAGCCUUCAAAUUAUUUUUAAAUAAUGGUAAUUCUAAGGUCUGGAGGCCAAGCAUUAUGAGGAUGGCUGAGGGAGCUAGAUAUGUUUAGCUUAAAGAACAGAAGGUUAAGAGGGGAUGUGAUAGCCAUGCUGAAAUAUUUGAAAUAAUGUCAUACUUGUUACAGUUUGAUGGUGCAUGCAGACCAGCAGAACAUUAGUCCUUUAUAUAUUCAAAAAAGGGAAACACAAGUAGAAGAAAUGCAAAACUUAAAAUUUACACUUGUGCAGCAGAGUUUAUGAAAAAACAGCAGUUUCAACACAAACAUUCUAGUAAUAAUAUAGUCAAGUUCCUCUGGAGUAUCAAACUCACGUGUGGCCCUUGCAUUUAAUUCAUGCAAAGCUUUCCAUCAGAAAGUAUGUCUUCUCCCAGUCUUCCUUUCUUGUUCAUGGAGAUGAGGAUGGAAGACAAACUUGCCAGCAUCAAAUAGACUGCAAGCCAGGAGCAUACACCGAGUAAGCUCAGAGGCAAACAUUCAGUAAGCCCAAAAACAUACAAAAAACUCUCCCCAGUUAUACUCCUUAGGGAGUGGCCCAAAACUUGUUGACCUUAAUUUAUAUAUAUUAUGUUCUGUCUGGAAUUCAGUAAGCCCAAAAACAUACAAAAAACUCUCCCCAGUUAUACUCCUUAGGGAGUGGCCCAAAACUUGUUGACCUUAAUUACCCCAAUUACUCGGCCUGUAGAUUGUAAUCAACUAGUGGAACUCACUGCCUCAGAGUGUGGUGGAGGCUCCUUCUUUGGAGGCCUUUAAACUGAGGCUGCCUUGCCAUCUGUCGGGGGUGCUUUGAUUAUGUAUUCCUAGAUGAUGGGGUUGGACUGGACAGCCAUUGUGGUCUCUUCCAACUCUAUGAUUCUAAGGUGAAUUUAUCAGGAGGUUUUCUUGCCAAGAUUUGUUCAGAGGGAGUUAGCCUUACUCUGAGGCUGAGAGACUGUGACUUGCCCACAGUCAGCCAGUGGGUUUCCAUGACCAAGCAGUGAUUCAAAGCUUGAUAUCCAGGGUUGUAGUCCUGCGUUCAAAAUACUACACCACCCUGGCUCUGUCGGUGUCUGUGCUAAUGUUGUAGAACUGGUUCUUGCUUCACAUGACAUCUGGUUGUAAAGAAAUGGCAUUGUUAACCUGGCUAAGGCUGGCCUUCUUGGUGCAUGAAUAGUGAUGUAAUAAACCCAGUGUUUGUCAGCUUCAAGUGCCAGGGUUUUUUGGGGGUUUUUUUUGUGGUGAUGAUGUAAAUGAACACAUUGACUGCCUGCAUUGUUUAUUCCCUCUGACCUUAGCUGCAAUGUGCACAGCAGCUAGUGGGGAGAGGGAUACUUAUUUUGUGAUGUACCGUGAGUGGGGUAAGCUCCCACUGUUAGCCCCAGCUUCUGCCAACCUAGCAGUUCGAAAACAUGCAAAUGCGAGUAGAUCAAUAGGUAGCGCUCCGGCAGGAAGGUAAUGGCGCUCCAUGUAGUCAUGCUGGCACAUGGCCUUGGAGAUGUCUACAGACAAUGCCCCUUCAGCUUAGAAAUGGAGAUGAGCACCAACUCCCAGAGUCGGACAUGACUAUACUUAAUGUCAGGGGGAAACCUUUACCUCUUUUUACCCCUGCUGUACUAGAAAGUAUUUUGGGGUGGCUUGCUCUUGAAUGGGUAAUUAGACCCAUUAGUUUUGCCAUUUUAUACAGUGACAAAAUCAAGAUUUGCUUUUGAGUUUUAAAAAAAAUAUUUUAAAGAUGUGGAUGGUGGAAUCAGUGAUUAUGGAAAUCUGACUGUACAUUACUAUACAGAUAUCUGCCUCCCUCCAGAAUUUAGAUAACCUUGUUUACUACCUUUUUUGCUACUUGCUUACAAAUGGAAUAUGAAAAUGCCCCAGCAUAUCUCCAGAGAUGUGUGCCUUAGGCCAUCUUCUUGCACAUGAACUCUAGAGGCACAAUGCUGUUUGAACUAGAAACCUAGAUCUGUUUUUUUUUCCUUUGUGAAUACUCCAGUUACUGCAGAAAUGCUGUCUGAUUGAAUAGGCUUCUCUCUGCUUGUGCUGGCCUGCUUGAUGACACUUGAUAAUGAAAGGUACGGCAGGCUUAUUGCACGUGGCAUGUGCCUAUCACUUUCCAAGUGCUCUUAACACCAGAGGAGGUAAAGUGAUGUGUUCUAGCACAACUGAGUCAUAUACAAUAGCAAUACAAAUACAUGAGCAUAUGGUCAGUGUUGAUGUGAGUGGGUAUACAUGUGCUCCCCUGUCUAAAUGGAUGAGGUGACCUAUCUAAGGCAGUGUUUACAUGGGACAGGUUACUCUGGAGUAUUUCUGCCCUGCUGAAUCCAGAAUCAGUGUGUAGACAAUGCAGUCUGUGUCUGUCAUGGCACAUCCCUGUGUCACCACUACUUGCCAGCUAUAGAGCUGUCAUGUCUGCUGGUGUCAGAAUGGGUGCCCCAUAAUCAGCAGAGCAUCAGCAAGUGGACAGGCAUUGGGCUUGAGCUCUCAGGGAAAUCCAUGACUAACAAAGAAAUAUGAGCCUUUUCCUGCCCCUGAGCAGAUCAGUUCAGAAAAAGGGUGAUGGUGUUGGUGUCCAUCAGGACAGUGGAUUGGUUUGGAACAGGUCUAAUCCAGCUAUCCAUAUGACUGCAAAGCCCCGGGAUACUUUGAAGCAGGACUUCUUAAACUUUUCCCACUCGUGACCCCUUUGUACCCGAGUAAUUGAUAUGUGACCCUGAAUAUAUAGGCAUAUAAUAUAGGUAUAACACAGCCCAGAAAAAAAUCUUGUUGUCUUGACUUUUAGGUCUGUUCCUGUAGUAUUUGGGGCACUGAUUCAGAAAGUUGCAUUGGAUAGACCACGUCUAGAUAUGGUUAUCAUAGUUUUCUAUGGACAAGCAAAUGACGUCUAGUAUAUGGCAUAUGUUCUGUAUCUCAAAACCUAGAGGCAAUAGGGGGAAACUGAUGUCAAUUUUGGAAUCAGCAGGUCAAAUAUAUCCAGAGACAAGGCUAACAUUUGAGGCAGCAAAAUCUAUGUUGGCCAGUGUAAUAAAUCAGCAUUUGCAAGGCUUGCUAAACAGGCUUAUUUUCCUUUUUAUGCAGUACAGCCGAAGCGGGUUUUUCAGAGUCCAGCAUGUUGAUGCUGACAGAUUUGUCUAGAAACAUUUUCCUCUUGCCAAUUUUUUGUGACCCCAACAUUGAGCUAAGAGGACCCAAUUUGGGGUUAGGAACCACAGUUUAAGAAGCGGGGUUCUAGAUCAGUGAUGCCCAAACUCUAAGCUUCCAGGUCUUUCUGGACUUCCAUGAACCUCUGCUGCCUAAAACAAUGAUCAGAAAUUUUGGGCGCUGAAGUCAAAAACCCUUAAAAGACUGAGGGAGAUUGAAAGAUAUGAAAACCUUGUGUAGACAGCCAGCAAUGAAUUUUAGGUGAGUUCAGGGUUGAGACAAGCCCUCAAAGAGCUACUGCCAGUUAGCAUACAAAAUACUGGUCCAGAUGGAACAACAGUUUGGCCUUCUCUUGCUUUAGCAGACUGAAGAAAAUGUGUUAUAAGCUGUCCAACUACACAGUUUUGCUGGCAUUGAUUUUCACAUAUUUCUAUUAUAGUGAAUUCAAUAUUUGUGAACAUGAUUUUUCCAAAUGGAAUGUAUGGUUCAGCACACCAUGUUCAUGAUGUUUAUAGAAGUCUCCUUUUUUAAGAAAUAAAAAAUGAAAAGGAGAAGCUUUUGCCUUGUUUGUGGUUGUAUGUCUCAUUGUAUUUGUCUGUAAGGCAUUGAAUGUUCACCUGUGUAAAUGCUGUAAUCCGCUCUGAGUCCCCUAGGUGAGACGGACAGAAUAUAAAUAAAGUGUAUUAUUAUUACUA